AUGUUUUGGUCAUCUAAAUCGGGAAUCAGUUCUAAUUAUUCCUACUCUUCCUCGCCUACCUUUACAGCAGAGCCCUGGAACGUCCACACAGGUAGACCAAAAAGUUCGAGUUCGUCUUCCGCCAGCUCCGCCAGCUCUAAAGUUUCCAUAUUCAUCUUUGACAAGAACCAGUUUGAAAACAACCUGUUAACCGCGGGAGCUAUUAAAUCACGGUCUUCAAGUCGAGAUAAACAAUUUAUCAGAAGCGCGUACGAUGUGCUACGAGCGCAGGUGAGCCAUCUGGCCAAACUCAAACACCCAAACGUUUUGGCGCUUAUCGAGCCCUUAGAGGAGCAUUCCAAAAACUUUAUGUUUGUUUCAGAGUAUGUGACCGGCAGCGUAGAAUCCUCUGUCCUGGAUGUUAAGCCCGAGGAAAAUUAUGAGGGUUUGACCAUGUCGAGCUCAGGAGACGUAAUUACGCAACGCGGCAUCCAACAAAUAUCACAGGGUCUUGAUUUCAUCCACAACCGUGCAGGCUCGGUUCUUCUGGAUCUCAGACCCGCCUCUGUGCUGGUCAACGAAAACUCCGACUGGAAGCUGUCCGGAUUCGGACAUCUUGCAAAACUGCCAUCAGGGUCUAAUACGGGCCAGUACAGUCCGGAUUUCGAUCCAAGAUACGCUCCUUUCAUGCAUAUUCCUCUUGAUUACAGCGCUCCAGAACUGAUACUAGAGAACAUGCUGUCCCCAAGAAACGACUACUUUUCGCUGGGUUUGUUGAUAUACUUCCUGUACUACAAAACGCAUCUGUUUUCUUGCAGAGAUUAUAUCAGAGACUACAAGGAAGAAUACAGCAAAUACGAAAGAGAUUUGCUACGGCAAACUCCAGACAGAUUCUUUAGCAAGGUGCCAGAAAAACUGAGAUUCAGCAUGUCUAAAUUGAUGAAUAGAGACGUUUUUUCGAGGUUUGAUAAUAUACAGGAGUUUCUGGAAACCGACUUCUUCCAUGAUCCUUUGGUGAAGACCCUGACCUUUUUAGACGACCUACCCACCAAAGAUUCCCAAGAGAGGGGAAUAUACUUGAACGGGCUACUGGAAAUUUUACCUCAAUUCCCAUCUCAACUAUUGCAGCGGAAGUUUCUGCCUGUAUUGCUACAUUUGCUCGAUCAAGUGUGUUCAUCAGAUGCAAUAGUAACUCAGGAUCUCAACACGCUUGUGACGUUGAUCUCGAAAAUUGGUUCAACUUUGUCACAGCUGUCGUUUCAAGAAAAGGUUUAUCCCCAUCUUGUGUCAAAAGACAGCUUUAGCCGUUUGCUAGAGCAUGCAACAGCAAGCUUGAUUGAAAACAUAGCUAUUCUGCACAACAAGAUCAAAUCUGAUGCUUUCAUGAGUGAGCUUUUGAAGCCCUUAUGUACGCAUGUUUUCUCCACCAUCAGUGGAGAAAGUGCUGUGGUGUUACAGGAAUCCCUUAUGGGAAAACUCGAUGUUCUACUGAAAGCGUUCGAUUUCGCAACCGUGAAGAAUUUCCUAUUCAGUCUAUUAUCGAAGCUUUUUGUCAAGACCACCAGUCUCACGGUAAAAACUUCAUGUGUCGAUAGCUUUCGAACCAUGAUUGAACGCAAGGCAAUUGAUAAAUUUACUUGCAUUGACGAUUUAUUACCCUUAUUUAAGUCCAUGAAGACCAGGGACCCUCGUAUCCUUAUGAAGUCCCUCCAAUUACUCUCCUUGCUACCGGGUCUGAUAGAGAAUGAGCAAGCAUUGAUAGAGCAGCUUCUUCCAUUACUUUGGGAGUUCUCCAUGGCCACGACGUUGAAAACUGCACAGUACACGCAGUUCACAAAUGUUAUCAACAAGAUAAGUGCUGACAUACAGCGCGCUCACUUAGUAAAACUUGAAGCUUCUAAUGGAAGAGAGGCCAAUUUUGACAAUGUCAUUGAGAAGCCGGUUCUAAAGCUACAGGAUCCAGAUUUGGAGGCAUCGCACAAAAUAGGUGUUCCCGCGAUCCAGCCAAAGACUCAGCAUGCAUUACACCAAAAAGCGAUGUCCAAACCGCUUCCCCAACCUCUGCCAAAACCCACAAUCUCCACCAACAAGGCAACAUUGAGCCCAGCACCCUUGACGGCUACCCCAAGACCAAAAGCCAAGCCGCCUUCGAGACCAUUAAUAUUGACUAAAGGCUCAGCACCCGCUUCAGCUGCUUCUCGACACACUGCCCCACCUCUCAAAUCCAAUAAUAUCAAAAAUACAACUGAAGAUGUUGACGAUUUUGAUGACUUUGUAUCGUCUACUCAAUCAACAAGUAGCCUUCCAUCGGCUAACACGUCAGCAAAUACCACUAGUGCUUUUCCACCCGGGUUUUCGAUGACCAUGCAACCGCUUAAGAACUCAGCUGCACGCCAGAAAAGUCCGGUAAUUCCUGGCGAGAAUACUUCUCUCAUAUAG